AUUUGUUUUUUUUUUUUUUUAUUAUUAUUCUUUCAGAUUUUGCAAAACUUGGGCAAAGUCGAUCGUACCGCUGACGAUAUCUUCGAUGAACAUUUAAAUAACUUCAAUCGCCAACAAACCAAUGCCAACAGAUUACAAAAAGAGUUCAACAAUUACAUCAGAUGCAUUCGAGCUGCUCAAGCUGCUUCCAAGUCGCUAAUGGAUGCCAUAUCGGAAGUCUAUGAACCACACUGGGUCGGGUACGAUGCGUUGCAGGCGCAGGCUGGCGCAACCGAAAGCCUUUGGCAAGAUUUCGCCCAUAAAUUGGCAGAUCAAGUACUAAUUCCAUUGAAUACGUACACUGGACAAUUUCCGGAAAUGAAGAAAAAAGUGGACAAACGCAAUAGAAAGCUGAUCGACUAUGAUGGCCAACGUCACUCGUUCCAGAGUCUACAGGCGAAUGCCAACAAGCGCAAGGAUGAUGUUAAGCUCACUAAAGGACGCGAGCAGCUGGAGGAAGCACGUCGCACAUAUGAAAUUCUCAACACUGAAUUGCAUGAUGAGUUGCCCGCCUUAUAUGAUUCAAGAAUAUUGUUUUUGGUUACCAAUUUGCAGACGCUCUUUGCAACGGAACAAGUGUUUCACAAUGAAACGGCGAAGAUCUACUCCGAAUUGGAGGCGAUUGUGGACAAAUUAGCAACGGAUUCGCAACGCGGCUCGAAUACGCUACGCAAACAAACUAGUAAAUUUAUGGAAAGCUCUUCCUUUUCCGCACCAAGCCCCACAAAGACGUCGCCAUUCAAGCAAAUGAACAACACAAGCCCCACUAACAACAGCAACUAUCAAAAUCAGAUCACCACAAAUGGCUCUAGUAAUGUCAAUAGUCCAUCAUCCACAUCCACAAGCUCUUCACAUCAAACAUCCAGGCUUGACUCAGUUUCUCCAACACCAGAAUCGACGCCGGAAAUUUUGAAAGCCUCCACUGCGGCCGCCCCCACCCUCUCCAACGCCAGCGUUGGCUCACCAUCUACGCCGGAAAAUAGCCCCCUCGCCGGACCAGUGGCUCCGCCUUCAUAUCAGCAUGCUGCUGACCUACUUUCGACAGUUACAAAUGUGGCGACGCCGAAUAACAGUAAUAACAGCAGCGAGCAACGCCACAGCGCUGUACUCGACAGUCCAAAUGCGAACACCGCGAACACUCUCGGUGCGCCGACGACAGAGAAGAACGAAAAUACAAUUGUUGCGCAAACGCAAAUUGCUGCAGCUGCUGCAACUGCUGCCGGUGCUGAAGCAUCAUCAAUCAGGACCGACGCAGUAGCAACCAACAACAAAGUAGAAUCGAAUGUGACAGCAGCUGCAGCGCCGACCUCUAACAGCGUAGACGAGGGUAGCAGCCACACUGCAAAAAAAGGGGCGAAACCUACACCAGAACAGCUGAAUGGUAACAGCAGCGACGACAUCAAUGGGAGUUCAUUGGCGACGCAAUCGACCACCACCAAUGCUACCCCACCGGCGACAGCAACAACACCAACGACAACGGCGACAGAUGUUAACAACGGCAAUGCGGAUGAGACGAGUAAAAAAUCAGGAGGUAAAGUCAUUCAAAAGUCACCAAAAAGACACAAAGCACAGUUAUUGAACCCAUUGAAUUUGAUUCGAAAAUCUCGCGCCGCUGCGACUGUGCCCAAUCAAUGUGAAAACGUUGAUAAGCGCACCGUCGCUACCAAUGACCAUAAUAUCAAAGUUAAUAACGAAGCUCCCGCAAAUUCGGAGCAAAAUAUUAAUGCUGUUAAUACGCAAAACAGCCACAACGGUCAAAAGCUAGAAGCACCGGUUAGUAAAAAUCCUUUUGAAGAAGAUGAACAAAUCUACGAAAUACCAACUGGUGAGUACACAGCUCGUCGGCACAGCUGCCGAAGAAACGAGUACGGUAAAGAUACUUGUAUUUGAUGAUCGAAAACGAUCGAACGCUUCCUCACCUACUCUACUUCUCAUACUUCUGGCUUUCCUUUAUAUAUUUAUAUAUGUAUGUAGUAUGUAUUCCAGCUGUAGCUUCUUUACUCCUACGUGCAAUCAAGCAAAGAGGAGUAGAUACAAAUAACUUCCUAUGAAGGAGUCUAUGCGUGCACAUAGCUGUUGUUGUUGGGCGUGUACAUAUAUUGAUGCAAUGUAAUGCCGAAUUUGUCAAAGUGUUUUUUGCUUAACGAAUCUCCUUUACCUUUCAGCUGAGCUAUACAACUGGGACUUUUAGAUACCUAAUAAAUAAAUUGUGUUUGCUCGUCGGGAUGCUUAAAACCUUUUAG